AUGGAGAGCGAUUUUGCGAGACGUGAGGAGCAAAGGCUCCAUACCAGGCAUCGCGUGCGCAAUGGCUUCUGUAUGUGGUGGCUGGGCAUGAUCAACAAUUUCCACUACACACUGGUACUCUCUGGAUCGACGGCCAUUGCUGAGAGCUACGAUAUGAAGAAGUAUGUGACGCUUAUCACGUGGGCCAAUGUAUUCUUUGGGAUCGUCUCGCGUAUUGUGAAUGCGUUUCUUAUGCCGCUGCUGUCCUACAACAUCCGUGUGACUGCGACAUCAGUGAUGGGAAUUCUGGCAAUCCUUCUGGUGAGUUUUGCGUGGGACAUUGGUGGCCACAAGAAUGUGGUGGCUUUUGUUGUAACGCUCAUUGGUGUGGUAUUUAUUGGCAUGGCUGGCAGCUACGGCGAGGCUCUUUUUCUUGGAUACAUGGAGCGGAUGCCACCAAAACAGAUUGGAUCUUGGGCGUCUGGAACAGGGCUCUCUGGUGUGGCUGCCUCACUUAUCUUUCUGGGAUUGACCUCUGCCGGCCUGAGCAACUCUCAUAUUUUCCUGAUCAGUAUACCUGUUCUGGUUAUAUAUUGGUUGUUCUACUUCUUUGGCCUCAAGGUACCUUUCUACGUGCCCGUGAGGUCUGCGAGCAUCACAUCCAUUGAUGAGGUGGAUGCUCAGCCUGUGGAUGGUGAUGAUGAGAGCGGCUACACAUACAAGGCAAUGACUAACUGGAAGGGCAUGCCGUGGACAAACAUUGUCCCAGCUAAGCGUGAGGAGAAGCCCGAGUGUCUGAAAGAGAUGGAGCGGGAGAAGUUGCGGGCUGCGAUGGGUGAUGACUAUGUGGAACCAUUGGACUCCGACAAUACACCCGAAAACGCACAGAUUGGAAAGUGUGCGCGCUGGAAGCGGGAUACAUGGCCAAUGAUAAAGGAGAUGCACAACUUUACGUUGUGGAACAACUUCAACCUUGCUGCCGUGUACGUCGCGGAAUACGCCGUACAGUUCAUGGCACCAUUCAGUUUCCCCUGUGAUACGGUGAAAACAAGUGAGAACUUCUGGCUGAAGAAUUCGUUUGUCAUCACACAGUUCUGCUACCAAUUCGGUGUGUUGAUAUCCCGCAGCAGCCUUCUCUGUCUCCGUAUUCGCUACGUGUGGAUUAUGACGAUCAUUCAAGUCUUGAAUGCCAUUGCCUGGUUUGUACAGGCGAAGAUAAAGUACAUGUCUGACCCCAAUAAUGCGGACCGUGAACUCAAAUUUGCCUUUGGCCUGUUUGCCUGGAUGAUAUUUGUGGGUCUGAUGGGUGGUGCCUCGUACGUGAAUGUCUUCUAUAACAUCCUUAAAGAGACAAAAGAAAUGCAGGAGGAUGAGGAGAGAGAGAUUGUGGAGUUCGUCACCCGACACCGCUCAAUGGAAAGCGCCAAGAAGUCUGAUGAAGAGGACCCUCAGAAGAAUGCCAAGGAUGGGGAUUUAAUUGCUUCUGACGGUGAAACAGAUGUGGGUGUUGCUGCUGGAGAGGAGACUGAGGAGUUACUUGCGGCACACAAAUAUAUUGCGGCUCUCUGGAAGGAAAAACGUGACUUGGCAAUGAACAUUGGUGCCCUCUACGCUACUAUUGGCAGCACAAUAGGAUCUCUCCUAGACCUACUGUUUACUUUGGUCGUACUGAACGAUGAUGAUUGUGGGAAGCCUACAUGA